AGCAGGCUGCGCACCGCCCCAGCUGAGCCGGCACGCCGCAGACUCAGGCGCCUCGGGCCGCCGAGCGCGGAAGAGCCAUGGCCACCACCAACGGGGCCUUGGAGAACGGGCAGCUGGACAGAAAGCCGCCUGCCCUGCCGCGCCCCAUCCACAACUUGGAGGUCAAGUUCACCAAGAUAUUUAUCAACAAUGACUGGCAUGAAUCCAAGAGUGGAAAAAAAUUUGCCACAUAUAACCCUUCAACUCUAGAGAAAAUAUGUGAAGUAGAAGAAGGAGAUAAGCCUGAUGUGGACAAGGCCGUGGAGGCCGCACAAGCCGCCUUCCAGAGGGGCUCCCCGUGGCGCCGCCUGGAUGCCCUGAGUCGUGGCCGGCUGCUGCACCAGCUGGCUGACCUGAUGGAGAGGGACCGCGCCAUCCUAGCCACCCUGGAGACGAUGGACACAGGGAAGCCAUUCCUUCACGCCUUUUUCAUUGACCUGGAGGGCUGUAUUAAGACCUUCAGAUAUUUUGCAGGGUGGGCAGACAAAAUCCAGGGCAGGACCAUCCCCACAGAUGACAAUGUUGUGUGCUUCACCAGGCAUGAGCCCAUCGGUGUGUGUGGGGCCAUCACGCCAUGGAACUUCCCUCUGCUGAUGCUGGUGUGGAAACUGGCGCCCGCUCUCUGCUGUGGGAACACUGUGGUCCUGAAGCCGGCCGAGCAGACCCCCCUCACUGCCCUCUAUCUCGGCUCUCUAAUCAAAGAGGUUGGGUUCCCUCCAGGUGUGGUGAACAUCGUGCCAGGAUUUGGGCCCACAGUGGGAGCAGCAAUUUCUUCUCACCCUCAGAUCAACAAGAUAGCCUUCACUGGCUCCACAGAGGUUGGAAAGCUGGUUAAAGAAGCCGCCUCCCGGAGCAAUCUGAAGAGGGUGACAUUGGAGCUUGGGGGCAAGAACCCCUGUAUCGUGUGUGCUGAUGCUGACUUGGACUUGGCAGUGGAGUGUGCCCAUCAGGGAGUGUUCUUCAACCAAGGCCAGUGCUGCACAGCUGCCUCCAGGGUGUUCGUGGAGGAGCAGGUCUACUCGGAGUUUGUCCGGCGGAGCGUGGAGUACGCCAAGAAACGGCCCGUGGGAGACCCUUUCGAUGCCAAAACCGAGCAGGGGCCCCAGAUUGAUCAAAAACAGUUUGACAAAAUCCUGGAGCUGAUUGAGAGUGGGAAGAAUGAAGGGGCCAAACUGGAAUGUGGGGGCUCGGCCAUAGAAGACAGGGGGCUCUUCAUCAAACCCACGGUCUUCUCAGAAGUGACGGACAACAUGCGGAUUGCCAAAGAGGAGAUUUUUGGACCAGUGCAGCCAAUACUGAAGUUCAAAAAUAUUGAAGAAGUGAUAAAAAGAGCAAACAGCACUGACUAUGGACUCACAGCGGCUAUAUUCACCAAAAACCUGGACAAAGCCCUGAAAUUGGCUUCUGCAUUGGAGUCUGGAACAGUUUGGAUCAACUGCUACAAUGCACUCUAUGCACAGGCUCCAUUUGGUGGCUUCAAAAUGUCGGGGAAUGGCAGAGAACUAGGUGAAUAUGCCCUGGCUGAAUAUACAGAAGUGAAAACUGUCACCAUCAAACUUGAUGACAAGAACCCUUGAAGGAAAG